GUGCGAGCAGCUUUGAAGGCGACGACGCGGGCUACCUGAUGAUUGACAGCGGCGUUGGCAUCACUACUUGUUCGAUGGAGUUCGCAGAGGCAGGACCACAGGGCAGUAGCAACUGGCUUGAGCCGGAGAAUUUGCCGCCGCUUGAGGCCGCGACAGGGCAGUUGAUCAUCCGCAAUGGCGCGUGCGAGGUCAACUGCAUGGCGACGGCGCUCGACCAGCAGCAGGAGAUCUUCAAGAUGAGGUUCCAGGUCGCGAGCGUUAAGUACCCGAUCGUGGCGCAGCAGGACUUGCUGGAGGCGCCGAGUGGCCGGAUCUUCCCACUGGUGCAGCAGGGCCGCAUCUGGUGCACGAAGGUGAAGCGCGUGGUCACAGCUAGCGAGGCAGCAGUCACGAUCGCCCGGCUAC